AUGCAAGGCUUAUCCAGAUGGUCGAUACAAAGAAAAUGGGUAAAUUUAGGAAUGAAGGAUGUUUUCCCAAACAAGGAAAAUGAUUAAGGCAAAAAAUAGCGUUAACUUUGCACUGACCACGAAAUGCUCUCAUUAGUUUGUGAAGGAUUAUGUUAGGCACAAGUCAUGUCCUCUGAGUUUUCCUCACACAUUUGACAACAUUUCGAUCUAGCCUACCGCCUUAACGAUAGUGCCGACCAACCAACAACGUGGCAACUCUGCCUGACUUUAUCGCUUAGAUCAAGGGGAGUCAACUCAUACGGUGGGCGAACCGUUUGAUGUGGAUCUCUUGGGAA